CCCUCCGCGCGCCCUGCACGGCUCUUCGCGGGCGGGACGCGCUCCUGCGGGGCGGGCGGCUUCCUCCGAGUCCCCAGCGGCCGCCGGGGCCGGAGCAGCGGCAGCGGGCGCGGCGCCCCGAGUCUGCUGGCCCAGCACACCGGCAGGGGUCGGGCGCGCGUUCCCUCCCCGCCCCCACCGCGCGCUGUGGCGCAGCAGGAAUUUGGCGGGGACCCGGUCGCUAUUUGCGGCUCUUCGCGCGCGGGCGUCCGGCGGCCCUUGGAUAAUUUCUAUUCUAGGGGCACUGGGUCAUCGCGCCCGACCGGCCCCCUCCCCCGGGCCUGGAGGGUGUGUCCCCCGCACCCGGGCUCUCCGCGCCUAUAAGGGGCCGCGCGGCGGGCAGGGACAUGCAGCUCUACAGCAGCGUCUGCACCCACUACCCAGCCGGGGGCCCGGGUCCCACGGCCGCCGCGCCCGCUCCGCCGCCCGCCGCCGCCCCCUUCAGGGUCUCCGUGCAGCCCCCGGGGCCCGCCAGCGGCGCGCCCGAGCCCGAGACCGGUGAGUGCCAGCCCGCCGCGGCCGCCGCGCCCCGGGAAGCCGCCGCCGCCCCCGCCGCCAAGAUGCCCGCCUUCUCCUGCUUCGAAAUGGUGUCCGGGGCCGCCGCGCCCUCCUCCUCCGCCGCCGCCGCCGCCGCCGGCCCGCCCGGCGGGUCCUGCAAGCCGCCGCUGCCGCCGCACUACACGUCCACGGCGCAGAUCACCGUGCGGGCCCUGGGCGCCGACCGGCUCCUGCUGCACGGGCCCGAGUCCGCCGCCGCGGCGCCCGCCCAGCGCGGCCGCUGUCUCCUGCUGGCGCCCGCGCCCGGCGCCCCGGUCCCGCCGCGCCGGGGCUCCUCGGCCUGGCUCCUGGAGGAGCUGCUGCGGCCCGACGGCCCCGAGCCCGCGGGCCUGGACGCAGCCCGGGAGGGCCCCGACCGCAACUUCCGACUGAGCGAGCACCGCCAGGCCCUGGCCGCCGCCAAGCACCGCGGCCCCGCGCCGCUCCCGGGGAGCCCGGAGCCCAGCGCCGGCCCGUGGAGCGAGGAGCGCCCGGCGGAGAGGAGCCUGCGGGGCUGGGAGAGGGCCGGCGAGCGCAGCGACCCUCCCAGCGCGGACGAGGCGCGGCGGCCCGGCCCCGAGCCCGAGACACCCGCGGCCCGCAGCGGCGAGGCCGCCCAGCACGGCGCCGCCGAGGCGGCCCUCGCCUCCCGAUCGGAUGCCCGGGACGAGAAGCUGGCCCUGUACCUGGCGGAGGUGGAGAGGCAGGACAAGUACCUGCGGCAGAGGAAUAAGUACCGGUUCCACAUCAUCCCCGACGGCAACUGCCUCUACCGAGCGGUCAGCAAGACCAUGUACGGGCACCAGAGCCUGCACCCGGAGCUGCGGGAGCAGACGGUGCACUACAUCGCCGACCACCUGGACCACUUCAGCCCCCUGAUCGAGGGCGACGUGGGGGAGUUCAUCAUCGCGGCCGCGCAGGACGGGGCCUGGGCCGGGUACCCGGAGCUGCUGGCCAUGGGGCAGAUGCUGAAUGUGAACAUCCACUUAACGACUGGCGGGAGGUUGGAGAGCCCCACCGUGUCCACGAUGAUUCACUACCUGGGCCCGGAGGAUGCUCGACGGCCUAGUAUUUGGCUCAGUUGGCUCAGUAAUGGACAUUACGAUGCCGUGUUUGAUCACUCCUAUCCUAACCCGGAGUAUGACAGCUGGUGCAGACAGACUCAAGUGCAAAGGAAACGCGACGAAGAACUUGCCAAAUCCAUGGCCAUCUCCCUCUCCAAAAUGUAUAUUGAACAAAAUGCAUGCUCUUGAAGUGUCUGAAAACCUCCACCCUGGGAAAGUGCAUUUACAUAAUUUGUGUUUGGAGAAUUAUACGAACUCUCAUCAGGGUAAUAGCACUUUUAAAAUUAAUAGUAGAUGACUGUAGGUGUAAUGCCUUAAGCUUUUUUUAAAAAAAUUUUGAAUGUUUUCUCAGCUGAAGGUUGCUGGGCACCGAAACGAUGCUUCAUGAUAGCUUUGUAUGAUCCUACUGCUAUUUAUAAUUUGCUGUAUAAAGUCAGCACUACUUAAUUUGCAAGCUAAUUUCUCACAGUGUAUAUAUUUGUUCAUUCCUGGUAAUCUAUUUUCUAUAAAAACGUAUUUUUGCACAACAUUUAAAAAAAUUGGUGUAACUUCAUCUAUGACGUUUUGACAGCUUUCCGGCAUAAACCCAGAAAAGUGCUUUAUAGGAAGCUUAUGUGAAUCAAGUUUGUGAUUUAGUAGUUGUUUUAUGUUGAUGAAUUUGAAUUUUACAAUUCUUAGAUACUUUUUCAAAUGGAGAUUGAUACAUUCAUGUUAUCAGAUAAUGGGCCCAUUCCAUUUUGAUGAAACAUCUGUUUUUGAAAUCAUUAUUUUUCUAGAAAUGGUCAACCUUUUAAAGAGAAAUAAUAUGUAAGGGGAGAUUGUGGGAAGAUUUUUUUUUUCUUUAAGAGAUAGUGCCAGCUCUUAACUUGAAUGAAAAUCUGAUAUUUGCUGAUGGCAGAGUGGUUAAUUAUUCUGGUUAAUGUGUAGAGUAGAUUGGUGCUCUCAUUCGUUUUUAUUUAUAUUUGUCAUUUUGUUGUAAAAGAAUUUCAACAUGGUGUAAAACUUUGUGAUAAAGCCUCCUACUUUAUUUUAUAUAGCUUCUUGGGUUCAACUGAGAUUUGAAAACAAAUAGGAUGGAUGCCUCGAGCCAACCUUUGCAGUUAUUUUAUAGCAGGAGACUAUUGUCUUAAUAUUCUAAAUAUUAAGUCCUUUUAAAUUCUUUCAAAAGGAAAAAUAGGAUUGCCCUGUAUUAUGUACAAAUAAAAAUGUCUGUAAACAGAGCUUGUACGGUUUGCUGGGUCAAACAAUGUUCCCAACCUAAAAUCUAUCUCAUUUCCACUUAACUACUGUUAGUCAUAUUUAUUAAGUAACGCAGUUUGUACUUUUUUAUUUUGUAACAUUUUGUGAUUUUUUUGUACAAUACUGUAUUUGUAUAAUAGAGCAAUUCUCAGCUGGGUGGAAUGAAUAAAAUGCAUAGUUUUACUUA